AUGUUCAGCAAGCUCAAGAGCAUUUUGAAGGGGCCUGUGCCCCCGGCUGCAGAAGCCCCUGCCCCAGCCCCAGCCCCAGAGGAUAAGCCUGACGAGAAACCUAAUGAAGAGAAGAAAGAUGAGAAACCAGCAGAGUCUGCCCCUGCCCCUGCCCCUGCGGCGGCUCCUGCCCCUGCCCCUGCCCCCGCGGCAGCUCCGGCCCCAGCUCCUGCCCCAGCUGCUGCUCCUGGAGGAGACAAGCCACCGGAGGAGGGGGGUGAAGGGCAGGAAGACACCCCACCUGCACCAAAGCCUAUAGUGAUUAACAGAUAUGCGGACGAGAUGCUGCGCGAUAUUGUCAAACGGAUGAAUGAGCGAACGCGCCUGUACCAGGAGAAGGUUAUGGACCCAUAUGCCUCUUCCCCUGAGAGAAGUCCUCCAGCCACACCACUAUAUACAAAGGAGGGAUACAAAAGAAAACUGGAGGAGGACAAAAAAAGACAAGAAGAAGAGGAGCAGAAGAAGAAAGAGGCGGAGGAGAAGAAAAAGAGAGACGCUGAGGAGAAGAAGAUAAAAGACGCGGAGGCCAAGAAAAAGAAAGAGGAAGAAGAUCAGAAAAAGAAGGAGGAAGACGAACAGAAAAAGAAAGACGAAGCAGAACAGAGAAAGAAGGAUGGGCUGCCACCGCUGGAGGAACCCAAAGAUAAGUCCAUCUGCCCAAAGAUCUCAUGCGCAUGGCUGCUGGACCCUAUGCUGGCGCCCAUAGAGAAGAGGAUGGACACGAUUCUUGGCACCUCCGUGGACCCUUUCACAGAUCGCCGCUACAUUGCUUGGUUGAGUGUGCUGACCAUUGCCUUUAACUACAACCUUUGGUUCAUUCCCGCACGCAUGGCCUUUCCUUACCACACCCCUGAGGCCAUCCCCAUCUGGUUCACGUGCGACCUCAUCGCGGACGCCAUAUACCUCAUUGACAUGAUCGUUUUCCAGCCACGCUUGCAGUUUGUGAUGGGUGGUGACGUUAUAUAUGACCAAAAUAAAACAAAGACACACUACAGGGAAUCUGAAAAGUGUAAGACGGCACUGAUGGCACUGGCCCCUUUUGACCUGCUCUACAUCCCCUUUGGGUUCAAAUCGGUGUUCAGAGCCAACCGCCUCCUGCGGUCGGAGGUGUUCGAUGAGUUCAGUGACCGGCUUGAGGGGAUCAUGACCAAAGCCUACAUCUGGAGAGUCAUUCGCACCAUUGGCUACUUGCUCUUCAUUCUGCACCUCAAUGCCUGUGUCUACUACGUGGCCUCUGCCUAUGCGGGCAUCGGGAAGUCCAAGUGGGUGUACAGUGGAAAGGGCAGCGCGUACCUGCGUUGUUAUUAUUAUGCGGUGCGAACACUCAUCAAUAUCGGAGGACUGCCUGAGCCCCAUUCAGUCUUUGAGAUCUCGUUUCAGAUGUCAAACUUUUUCGUUGGUGUCUUUGUGUUCUCAAGUUUAAUUGGACAGAUGAGGGAUGUCAUCGGGGCAGCCACCGCUGGUCAGACCUACUUCCGCAACUCCAUGGACAACUGUGUGUCCUACAUGGUAGCCAACAACAUUCCCAAACUCGUGCAGCACAGAGUGCGCACCUGGUACAACUACACCUGGGACGCACAGGGCAUGCUGGAUGAAUCAGAGUUGCUGGACAAAAUGCCCCUGGUCAUGAAAACAGCCAUUGCCGUUGACAUCAAUCUGGCCACAUUCCAGAAGAUAGACCUCUUUAAGGGAUGUGAUAACCAGAUGCUUAUUGACAUGUUGCUGCGGCUCAAGUCCAUUAUCUACCUGCCGGGAGACUUUGUGGUGAAGAAGGGUGACAUCGGUAAGGAGAUGUACAUCAUCAAAGCAGGGGCUGUGCAGGUGGUAGGAGGCCCAGACAAUUCAAUCAUCUUCGUAACGCUGAAGGCAGGCUGUGUGUUUGGGGAGAUCAGUCUGCUGCAGUCAUCAGCUAAUGGAGGCAACCGCAGAACAGCAAACGUAAAGGCCCACGGCUUCGCCAACCUCUUCGUGCUGGAGAAGAAAGAUCUGUUUGACAUCUUGGUCCACUAUCCAGAGUCCCAGAAAGUGCUGGCCAGGAAAGGGAAGCAGCUGAUGAAAGCGAAGGGCCCAGCGGCUGCCAAGGCCGCCGAGGACAAGAAGAAGGGCUUGGCUCUGUUUGGCCCCAAACCUCCCACGCCGAAGUUCCUCCGCGCCUUUGGCCCUGGCCUCAACAAACAAGGAAUCCUGGAAAGAAUGAAGGCUGCUGCUAAUUCAUCAUAAAUAUCCAUCACAAAACAUAAACUCUGGUGACCAAAGCAACUAAAUAUUUCAGCGUGCUCUAUAUUGAUACAAUGAAAUUAAACCUGCUUAAUCUUUUUUAAGUUUUAUAUGCAUAGUAUCAAUUUUUGAGGGAAGCUUUGAUAUAAAAAAGGCUGUUUGUAUGUAGAUGAAUGUAAAAAUUAAUCACAAUUUGAUAUUCUUAUGUGAAAGACCUGUCUGAGUAAAUUAGUGGUAUGCUUGGGUAAGGGUAGGGCUCAGCUGAGAAAUUCCACAUUUGAGCAGUGGGUCAACCACAGUGUUGAGAGAGUGACACUAUGGAGAACAGUGCC